CGAUAUUUUACGACGUCACGCGAUACUACAUUCGUCUCAUUCGAGCUCAACUGGAGGGAUUUCUGCAACUGACAUGCUAACAUGCUAGCAGCGCCGAGAUAACUUAUCAGCAACUAACCUGCCGCUCUUCACAAACAACUCCGCUACGAGCGAGUCUCAAGAUGGAUUUAGAGGAUGACACCACUGUGCUCACAACCCUGAAGUCCUUCAAUUCCUUCCUCAGCUGUCCCGAGCAGCCCCAGAGGCUGUCACAGCUGUCGGCGGGGACCGGGAACCUGCAGAGUCAGUACAAGCGCAGCAUGGAGCUUUUGGAAGCGGCGGAGAGGGUCCAGUCGAAGAAUCGCUUUCUGCAGUUGGACCAGGAAAAGAAACAGAUGGAGCUCAGUCACAAAAGAGCUCGAAUCGAGCUGGAGAGGUCAGCUUCCGACAGCGCCCGAGACUUGGAGCACGAGGUGGAUCGGAACCAGGUGCUUCUGGGGAGAAUAAAGAAGUUGGAAGAGAGGGAGACGGAAGCGACUAAGCAACUGUCUGAGCAGGUGGAGGCAAACCGUGCUCUCCGUAAGAACAUGGAGGGUCUGAAUAAAAAACUGGAGGAACGGGAUACGAAACUGAAUACAGCUAACCAGACCAUCAGUUCUUUGAAGGAUGAGAUCAGAGAGCUGAAGCAGAAGAUUCAAAACCAAGACUUGACCAUAUCCAGUCAAACCCUCGAAAGCCAGGAGCUACAGGAACAGCUAGAUUUACAACGCAGGAAGUAUCAGGAAAUCUCUCAGCUCUGCCAGAGUCUCCAGGCUGCACAGUCUUCGUGCUCGCAGCAUGUAAUCAAGAUUAAGGAGUUGGAGAGGCGUCUUUCCCUCCAGGAGCAAGACGUUGCCAUUGUGAAGACUGUGAAGUCAGAGGUGGCCAGAGUUCCAGAUCUGGAAAAGGAGCUGAAGCACCUCAGAGAAGACAACGCCUUUCUAAGGGAGAGUAGAGAGAACUGCAGCCUGUUGAAAGAGGAGGUGGAGGGAUUACGAAGGAAGCUGGAGAGGAUGGAGAAAACCAAAGAAGAGCUGGUCAAUAUGGAACUGGAGAAGGAGAGGCUGGCUGAGAAGCUCCAAGCCUGGGAAAACCUUGGACAAUCUACAGGACUCAACAUAAGGAAACCAGAGGAUCUGUCUAGGGAGGUGAUUCAGAUCCAGCAGAGAGAAAUUGCGCUGAAAGAGCAGAACUACACACUCAACAGCCGCGUGAGGAGCGUGGAGCGCUCGCAGUCGGAGCUCCGUGCGGAGCUGACGCAGCAGCGCAGCAGGACCCUGGAGGAGCAGAAGAAGAGAGAGACCCAGGACGGCCUGGUCCGGCGACUGCAGAAGCGAGUGCUGUUGUUAACCAAGGAACGUGAUGGGAUGCGCGCCAUACUAGAGUCCUACGACAGCGAGCUGGCAGCCACCGAGUACGCUCCUCAACUCGGCAAACGACUUCGGGAGGCGGAGGAAGUGCUGCAGAGGACGCAGAGCCACAAUACGGAGAUGGAGGCCCAGCUGACAAAAGCGCAGGAGGAGACAGGGAGACUCAAACUGCAGCUACAAGCAGUGGAGCUGGAGCUGGAGUCUGUAAAGAAGCAGCAAGCCUCUGCUGCUGACAGCAGCUCUUUAGUGACCAGUGAAGAGGUCAGCAUACUCAGACAGAAAAUCGAAGAUUUGGAGGCAGAGCGUCAGCGUUUGGAGGAGCAGAAUAACAUUCUGGAGAUGAGACUGGAGAGACACAACCUACAGGGAGACUACGAUCCCGUCAAAACCCGAGUGGUCCACCUGAAAAUGAACCCCACCUCCGUCGCCAAGCAGGAGCGCCAGCAGGAAGUGGAGGCGCUGCGGGAGGAAGCGACGCGUCUCCGGGAACUCGUGCGAUCUUUUCAGGCGGGCGGCGCUGUCGCGUUUUCACAAGACGAGUCCGGCCUUCACUCCUCCAACCUCAGCCUCAGUUUGCCGCCGUCAAAGGAGGUGCUGGAUUUGCGCAAGCAGAUGGAGAGCUCAGAACUUAGGAACCAGAGGCUGAAAGAGGUGUUUCAGAGGAAGAUUCAGGAGUUUCGCACAGUCUGCUACGUCCUGACGGGCUACCAGAUAGAUAUCACCACCGAGAACCAGUACAGGCUCACGUCGGUCUAUGCAGAGCACAUGGACGACUCGUUGCUCUUUAAAAAGGGCUCCAAUGGAAGCAUGCAGCUCAUGGAGACGGAGUUCUCCAAAACGCUGGGAGAGAUGGUGGCGCUGCACCUGCAUCACCAGAAGAGCAUCCCCGCGUUCCUCUCCGCCGUGACCCUCGACCUCUUCAGCCGACAAACCACCGUCUGAGGUCGGUUUGACGGCGUCUCAGGAACGGGGAGGAAUUUAAGACGACAUAAGUUCUGUUUUUUUACUUUGCUUUUUUUUCCAUGUUUGAUAAAAUAUGUUUAAAAUUAGCUUAAAAAUUAAGUUUUUCUCCAGAGCAUGUGAAUACAACCAUCACUGUACUGUUUCUUAGCCUCCAUCUCUCAUUCAAAGUGUUUACAAAGCAACUUGGUAUCUAUAUUUGUUCACUAAAUAUUUCAUCUUUUUUUUUUUCUAUCUUUACGGAACAAAGGCAUCAUGAACAUGACACUUGAAACCAGCUUUUUUUUUUCAUUUGCAUUUGGAGAAUAUUGUUCUCGUGGAGUUUUGAGCUACACAUUCAUCCAAGUCGAACGCACUGUGGAGCAAAAGGAAUAUUUACAUUCUCACAUCUGCACCAUCUCUCUAGGAGCCUGGUUUAAAGGGUUUAAGAUUAAGAUUUGCUGUGAUUAUAACCAACAUAAUCUAUUCGAGAAGUAAAUGUGUUGAGUUGUUUGGUAUAUAUAUAGAAUCAAGGGUAAGGAUACCUUUUUAGAAAAAUGCAGUUCACCCGUUGGGAGGCAGUGGAGGCAGUUUACUAGUGUAAUAUUAGUUUAGAAUAAGGGUUCAAAUCAUAUUUUCUCUCUUUCUUUUUUUUCUUAAACCAGUUUCUUUUAAAUAAGAGCUUUAUCUUGUGUUUUUCUUUUAUUAUCAUUACAAGCCUUUACACAGCACACAUGCUUCAUAAAACCUGUUACCAGACUGAGUCAAUAAGAUGGGACGGGACUUAGACAACUCCAAGGAAACUUUAAAACCGAAAACGGAACGAAGGGAUUGAUGAACAAUGAAAUAUUCCCGUUACGACUUCAACGACUGAACCCGUGUGUCUUUGUGCGAUUAUGAACGCCAGACAAGAGAAAUGUCUUGCUGGCCAUAAAUGGCAGAAAUGAACGUGGGAGGGGGAAGUGAGAAGCAUGGGAGCAAUCCAAUAAAAGCAGAGGAACGGAAGGAUGUGAGCUGAGAAUAAAGCCACUUAUCACAGCAACAGUAUAAGAACUCCAGCUGGUGCAGCCAUAUGUCUCGUGAGGAAACACAUCCUCCUGUACAGUACAUGCCACAUACUGUCCUUGUUUGUUUGUUUUUCCUUCUCGUUCUUUUUCUCAACGCAUCUCCACAUCUCCUGGGCGCCCUGCAGCUCUCAGCUAGAGGUCACGUUUUAUUGGUUUUGUAUUAAAUGUGCCUCCUUCACUAGUGGUCUGUCUCUUUUCUGCCUCCAAUGAAAUAACUGUAACUCCGCCCUGCUUUUAAAUUUGAAAUGCACAUGGUAAUCAAUAAAACAUAUUUCACUUCA